AUGGCGAGAGCAAUGAUCCAUGGAGGAAACAUUCCUGUGAAGUUUUGGGCUGAAGCAAUCAACACCGCAUGCUACAUCAUCAACCGUGUCUACAUGAGAAAGGAUUUACUCAAAACUCCUUAUGAGUUGUGGAAAGGAAAGACACCUAACUUAAGUUACUUUCGUGUUUUUGGAUGCAGGUGUUAUAUUCUGAAUGACAAGGAUCAACUUGGAAAGUUCGACUCAAGGAGUGAUGAAGGCAUAUUUCUGGGUUAUUCAGGCAAUAGUUCAGCUACAGAGUCUUCAAUCUUCGGUCCAAGAUGA